AUGGCUCUGACACAAACUUCCACGGGAGAUGUUGCAGGAGCUGGUGCUGGGAACAGUAGUUCCAGUAGCAACAACCCAGGGAACAGUAGUUCCAGUAGCAACAACCCAGGGAACAGUAGUUCCAGUAGCAACAACCCAGGGAACAGUAGUUCCAGUAGCAACAACCCAGGCAACAGUAGUUCCAGUAGCAACAACCCAGGGAACAGUAGUUCCAGUAGCAACAACCCAGGGAACAGUAGUUCCAGUAGCAACAACCCAGGGAACAGUAGUUCCAGUAGCAACAACCCAGGGAACAGUAGUUCCAGUAGCAACAACCCAGGGAACAGUAGUUCCAGUAGCAACAACCCAGGGAACAGUAGUUCCAGUAGCAACAACCCAGGGAACAGUAGUUCCAGUAGCAACAACCCAGGGAACAGUAGUUCCAGUAGCAACAACCCAGGGAACAGUAGUUCCAGUAGCAACAACCCAGGGAACAGUAGUUCCAGUAGCAACAACCCAGGGAACAGUAGUUCCAGUAGCAACAACCCAGGGAACAGUAGUUCCAGUAGCAACAACCCAGGGAACAGUAGUUCCAGUAGCAACAACCCAGGGAACAGUAGUUCCAGUAGCAACAACCCAGGGAACAGUAGUUCCAGUAGCAACAACCCAGGGAACAGUAGUUCCAGUAGCAACAACCCAGGGAACAGUAGUUCCAGUAGCAACAACCCAGGGAACAGUAGUUCCAGUAGCAACAACCCAGGGAACAGUAGUUCCAGUAGCAACAACCCAGGGAACAGUAGUUCCAGUAGCAACAACCCAGAGAACAGUAGUUCCAGUAGCAACAACCCAGGGAACAGUAGUUCCAGUAGCAACAACCCAGGGAACAGUAGUUCCAGUAGCAACAACCCAGGGAACAGUAGUUCCAGUAGCAACAACCCAGAGAACAGUAGUUCCAGUAGCAACAACCCAGAGAACAGUAGUUCCAGUAGCAACAACCCAGGGAACAGUAGUUCCAGUAGCAACAACCCAGGGAACAGUAGUUCCAGUAGCAACAACCCAGAGAACAGUAGUUCCAGUAGCAACAACCCAGGGAACAGUAGUUCCAGUAGCAACAACCCAGGGAACAGUAGUUCCAGUAGCAACAACCCAGGGAACAGUAGUUCCAGUAGCAACAACCCAGGGAACAGUAGUUCCAGUAGCAACAACCCAGGGAACAGUAGUUCCAGUAGCAACAACCCAGGGAACAGUAGUUCCAGUAGCAACAAUCUAAAGCGGAAUAACAUCAAGUACCAGUAA